AUGACAACAGAGAAGAGUUUAGUGGCUGAGGCAGAAAACCCCCCUAAGGACCAAAAACAAGAAGGAAAGGGACAGGAGGAGGCUGGGGCUUGCAAAACAAAUUCUGAGGAACCAAAUACUGAGGACAAACAGGACACUGAGCAAACACCAGGUACCCCUUCUACUGCAUCUCCAAGUACCCGCAAAAGUAAGGAGAGAAGUUCUGAAGGAAAGGGCCUAUCUCGAAUCUUCUCAUCAUUACUGAAGAAGAAAUCUCAGGUGACUGAAGAAGGAAAAGACAGUAAACAGCCAGGUGAGAAGGCUGACGGAGACCAGAAGGAAGUGGAUGAAGGUUUAGGGGAGCAGCUGGAAGAUGAAGUUUUUCUGAAGGCCCCUAUUGCAGCUCCAGAACCAGAACUUAGAACUGAUCCAUCUUUGGAUCUCCAUUCCCUAAGCAGUGCAGAAACCCAGCCUGCUCAAGAAGACAGAAAGGACGAUCAAGACCAAGACGUGGAUCUUGAGGACAGGGAGGCACCUUCUAAAGGUAAUAAGGAACGAGAGUCUGGAAAAGCUGAUGCAGAAGUAAAGAGCCCACAGAAAGUGGCCAAGAAAUCACCCAACAUGCGCUGCAAGGUUUCUCUCCUUGAUGACACUGUUUAUGAGUGUGAGCUGGAGAAACAUGCCAAGGGACAGGAUAUUUUUAAGAAAGUGUGCAGCCACUUGAACAUCAUGGAAGAAGACUACUUUGGCCUUGCCAUUUGGGGGACUCCAACCACUAAGGUGUGGAUAGACCCUGUCAAAGAUAUCAGGAAACAGGUGCAU